ACACAUACAUUCGAUGACAGUUAUGACUUUUGACAUUGACACUUGACAGCGGUGAUCAUUUGACGUCCACGGACACCUACAUUUAGAGCAGUCGGCUGGAAAUUCAGGUGAACUACAAUCAUGGCUGAUAAAGUUGAAAAAAUUUCAAGACCGAUGAAAUUUCCGUACACAUUUACUGCAAAAGUUGCACAGUUCCCUUUUAAGUUUUAUGUCAAGAACAACUGGAUCUGGAGAUACUACCCAAUUGCUAUUGUUUUAUGUAUACCAAUCUUCAAUUCCAUAAGCAAAUUAGCAAACUCACCUGAAAAUGUUGCAAAAUGGGCUGAAAUUCGUCGUAAAGAAGCAGCUGAGCACCAUUGAGAUGUUCAGAAUGUAGCCAUAUUAGAAACAUUUUUUAUGUUAUACCUACAUCGUUCAACAUCUAGAAUCAGCAAAUAUACCACAUGAAAAAUA